AUGGUAAAGCUGAAGGAACGAAACAAGGGAAGCAACUCAAGAAAGCCAAAGAGGGAUCUCAAUAAAGUGAUUUGCUACAAUUGCAAAGAAGCCGGACACUUCAAGACUGAUUGCCCUAAACUGAAGAAGGAGGAGAAGGCAAAAAAGGGAAAGAAGAAAGGACUCAUGGCAUCUUGGGAAGACUUGGAAAAUGACUCUGAUGAAGAUGAAGAAUCUGAAACUAAGUCUCAAACCUGCCUCAUAGCCAAUCACGUAGAGCAGGCAGGAAAUGGUUUUCUAAAAGAAAAAUUGAGAGAGGUUGAAACCGCUGUUGAUCCUGUUAAAGAAAACAAACGGUUGAAAGCUGAAAUAAAAGCUUGUGAAAAACAGCAUUCUGUAGUUGCAUAUCUUAACUGUUUUGAAGAAAAUGAGAAGUUUCUUAAAGAGGUUUACCUAGCAUCCAAAAGAAAGGAUAACAUGUGGUAUAUGGAUAGUGGGUGUUCUAGGCAUAUGACCGGAAAGGUAACGUUCUUUAUCAAGCUUGAUGAGUAUGAUGGAGGCUUUGUCACUUUCGGUGAUAACGGAAAUGGUAAAAUAGUGGCCAAAGGUAAAGUUGGUAAGAACUUCUCUUCCUUUAUUAAUGAUGUCUUACUUGUUGAUGGGUUGAAACACAACCUACUAAGCAUUAGCCAAUUAUGUGAUCUUAGUUAUGAAGUUAUCUUUAGAAAAUUGGAUUGCUUGGUUGUUUGUGAAAAAACCGGUGACAUUUUGUUUGAGGCUAAAAGUGCCUCUUUAGAUGAUGAUGCAGGAAGUGAAGUUGAUAUGAACAAUCAACCAAGUCAAGAAAAUUCCAAAACUGUCCCAAGUGAUGAACCUGACUGUUUAGAAAUGUCUCAUCAGGAUGAAGGAGACAUUUCAGCUUUGUCUCCUGAACAAGCCAGAGAAUCCAGAACAGUACAGUCUAGUGAAGCUCAUCAAGGCAGAACCUUACCUCAAAGGCCACGAGAAUGGAAGUUUCUGAAAGGAUACCAUCAUGACUUCAUCAUUGGUGAUCCAUAUCAAGGCAUAACUACAAGAUCAUCAAGCAAGAAGUAA